UCAGUCUCCUCUCCUUCCCCGCAUCGGCUCUUAGCUCGAUGAGUCAGCAGAGGUGCCGCUCAAUAAUCUCUGAUCAAAAGGCCAUUUAUGACCACGACUAAAACAGUCUGCGAAUGAAGCACAGUCUGUUUCUGCAUUUUAUAUUUUGACAGAGAAAAACAAGCAUUUUUUGAUGAAGCAACAUGGACCGGUUCCGAGGAUUGUUUGUGAAACUGGACCAGAACAAGGAUGGGUUCAUAUCAAUGGCAGAGCUCCACGAGGAGAUGAGGAAACAUGGGAUCAUCUCAGGAGAUGGAAAGGUCCAGAAUAUCAUGGAGUCUUAUGAUAAAGAUAAAGAUGGGCUGCUGGAUUAUAAAGAGUUUCUCAGCUACAUGAUGGACAGAGAGAGGAAAUGGAAGAUUCACUUUCAUGAUCUUGACAAGAAUAAUUGCGGAGUGAUUGACCAGGAGGACAUCAUAUGUUUGUUUAAGGAGUUAGGAGUGGUCAUAUCAAAGCCGAAUGCAAAAAAAAUUAUUCAAAUGAUGGACAAGGACAGGUCCAUGACAGUUGACUGGGAUGAAUUCCUGCAUUAUAUCAUUCUAAACCCGGUGGACAACAUCGGAGAGCUCGUUUCCUCGUGGAAACACAGUCUGGUAAAACCUUCAAACAGAUUCUGGCAUCAAAAACAAAACGUAUUGGAGGGAAAUCCAGGGGAAAUCUCUGUGUUGGUCUUUCUGCAGGUUUUCGAUGUGGGCGAGAGUCGUGCGAUGCCCAUCGAGUUCCCAGACAACGUGUCUGGUUUUGGAGCUUGGAAGACGUUUGUUCUGUCAGCUGGUCUGGCAGAUGCGGUUUCUCGAACUGCGACGGCGCCUAUAGACCGACUGAAGACCCAACUUCAGGUCCUAGGGUCCAAGGCUUUUUCCCAAGGCUUUCAGGAGCUGAGAGAAGGAGGUUUGCGGUCGAUGUGGCAAGGCAACGUUGUCAAUGUGCUGAAAGGUACUCCGCAGUCCACACUGCAAUGUCUUAUCUAUGCACAGAUGAAAGUCUACACCCAAAACAGAAGCCAGGAGAAUCUGACUGUGCAGCAGCGCUUCGGUUUGGGUUGCGUCUCUGGAACGGUGGCCCAUGCUGCUUUCUACCCAUUAGAGGUGUUGAAGGUGAGGCUGAACCUGCAGCAAACCGGCACGUAUCAUGGCGUUGUGGCGUGCGCCCGAUCUAUUUACAAACAUGAGUCCAUGUCGUCCUUUUACAGAGGCUUCAGGCCCAGCAUCCUCUGCAUGAUCCCCUAUGCAGGUGUGGAGUGUGCGGUUCAUCAGUCUAUCAUGAGCUGGGCAAAAAGCAAUCCUACCUACAGUAGCGACUCCAAGCUGUUUUUCUUCAGUUUUGUGGCUUUUGCUUCUGGGCAAAUAAGCAGCUACCCGCUGGCGGUGAUCCGGACACAGCAGCAAGCUCAGGCCUUCAUCUCAGAUUCGCAUCCUGUCUCUGGCGUGUUAUCAGGACUCACCCGGAUAUAUGAAAGGAACGGAUUUAGAGGAUAUUAUAACGGCAUGGGAGCCAGCUUCGUAAGAGCGAUUCCAUGCACGCUAAUAAACUACAGCCUGACCAGGAAAUUUGAGAAUAUGUUUUCUUCCAUGGAAUCUUGAGGAACUCAAACAAUUGUUUUAUUUUUAUGUUUCUGGUAUGUUUUCUGAGUUUCAAUGUACAACAGACUGGUUUCUGUUGAUUAGGUUCAACUUUUAAUACAUCUGACCAAGAAAAUAAAACCAGCAUGAGGAUUUGAAACCACCAAACCUGCUCAGGGCUGAAGCACGGUUGACCGAACACAUAUAUUAACAGAAACUGUGAUGAUAAGUUCAUUAAGGUCUGUUCUGAAUGGAAAUGUGCUCUGUUGGGGUUUGUUUAAUAAAAUUCUACCUUAAAGUGGGACAGACAGUCUUUGUUUACAU